AUGGAAGGUGAAGCAAGUUUCUCACAAAUUACUCCGCCCACCUUUGAUGGAGACAACUAUGACCUUCGGGUAGUUAAAAUGGAGUCUUAUUUGGAGGCGUUGGACCUUCGGGAAGCCGUGGAAGAGGAUUACGAAAUUCCUCCGCUGCUGAACAAUCCUACCAUGGCUCAAUUAAAAUUGCACAAGGAGAAAAAAACCAAGAAGGCAAAGGCAAGAUCAUGUCUCUUUACUGUUGUUUCAUCAAUAAUCUUCACCAGAAUCAUGACUCUCAAAACACCAAAAUCAAUUUGGGACUACUUAAAGGAAGAAUACGCAGGGGAUGAGAGGAUUCGAGUGCCAGAGAGAUACGAAGCAUCAAUAACUACUUUGGAGAAUACGAAGGAUCUGUCCAAAAUCACCUUAGCAGGAGUGUUACAUGCCUUGCAGGCCCAAGAGCAGCGAAGGCUUAUGAGACAAGAUCACGUGGUUGAAGGUGCUUUACCAGCCAAGCAUCAUGAAGUUGGAAGUAGUCAAAGCAGCCAAAGCAAAGACAAAGGUAAAAAGAAAAAUUACCCACCUUGUGAGCAUUGUGGCAAAAUGGGUCACCCACCGUUCAGAUGUUGGAGAAGACCAGACGCAAAGUGCAACAAGUGCAAUCAGCUUGGACAUGAAGCUGUAAUUUGCAAAGGAAAAUUUCAACAACAUGAAGCCAAUGCCAAGGUUAUAGAGCAAGAUGAAGAAGAUCAAAUUUUUGUGGCAACAUGCUUCUCAACAAGGAGUAGUUCUGAAUGCUGGCUGAUUGAUAAUGGUUGUACAAACCACAUGACAUAUGAUAAAACUCUUUUCAAGGAUUUGAAGCCUGUAAAAUUCUCAAAAGUCAUAAUUGGGAAUGGUGACUAUAUUUCUGCAAAAGGAAAAGGAACCAUUGUAAUGUCAACUAGCUCAGGUAUGAAAACAAUCUCAGAUGUUCUGUAUGUGCCUGACAUUGACCAAAAUCUGCUUAGUGUGGGUCAAUUGUUAGAAAAGGGAUUUAAAGUUCUUUUCGAAAAUCAACAUUUUCUUAUCUUUGACACUACCGGUCGGGAGAUUUUAAGGGUUUAA